UUAGCUGGUUCGAUUACAAGAACUGGUAAUUUAGGAUUGGAUUAGCCUCGUAGCCACACGGCCAUCGGCGCUGGAUCCCCCCACAGACCUGCGAAUAAACAGACACACAGGCAAUUGGGAUGCGGGGAUGAUAUUUGGUGACGCUGCGAUGGGUACCUGCGAAAAUACCGAGAUUCAAACAAUAACGAGGAUCCGAUUUGAUUUUCAAUUGGUUUAGUCGUUUUUAUCGCUUCUUUGUUGACGUCAUUUGGCCAUGAGUUCUCUGCGGAGCUUCGCGAAGCUGUUGGUGCUGCUGAUCCAGGGCGGAUGGUUCGGGGUCGCGCCGAGCCCCACCGAUGAGGGAGCACUCCGGGCCGGCCACGGGGAGCACGGAGAGCCGGGACACCAGGAGCCUCACAAGGACUCCUACAGGACCUUCGCCUCCGAGUUCCUGGAGUCCAGGUAUCUGUCCGAUGACGGUUAUCCGUUCCCCACCGCCCCCCCAGUGGAUCCCUUUGCCAAGAUCAAAGUCGUCGACUGUGGAGUAACCAAAGGCUGCAUAAGAUAUGGGAAGCCAGGGUGUGAUGCAGAAACAUGCGACUACUUUCUGAGUUAUCGCCGCAUCGGGACAGAUGUGGAGUAUGAGAUGAGUUCAGACACAGACGGCUGGGUGGCCGUGGGAUUCUCCUCUGACAAGAAAAUGGGAGGAGACGAUGUCAUGGGCUGUGUUCAUGACGAUAACGGACGAGUACGGAUUCAUCACUUCUACAAUGUCGGCCAGUGGGCCAAGGAAAUAAAAAGGAACCCUGCAAGAGACGAAGAGGGCGUAUUUGACAACAACCGGGUGACCUGCCGCUUUAAACGACCUUUAUAUGUCCCCAGAGAGGAAACACUUGUGGACUUACACCUGUCAUGGUAUUACCUGUUUGCAUGGGGACCGGCCAUACAAGGUUCCAUCACGAGACACGACAUCGACAAUCCGCCCGUCAGUGACCACAUGAUCAGCAUCUAUAAGUACGAGGACAUCUUCAUGCCUUCUACGGCCUACCAGACCUUCAACUCUCCCCUCUGCUUACUGCUCAUUGUAGCACUCACCUUCUACUUACUCAUGGGGACGCCAUAAUGAAGCACAGCAGACCACAUAGUGGACAGAAGAGGGGAGAGAAGAUUAUGCAGCAAUAAUUAAGUUGUCUGAUGCCACAUUUUAUGGUGCACUUUUUGCAAAGAGACAUCGUUAGAUGUAUUAAACACAAUAUAGAGUAUAUUACUUAUGUUAUAGCAUUACUCUGAACUCAUAAAGAAGAUCUUGACACAUUAAUAAACUUAUAUUGGAGAGGUGUCAUGUACUGGUGUCAGUACAAAACAAGAGGUCUGAUUAGAUAGUAUUAUAGUGUUAUUUUAAAAAUAGGCCAAUUAUUUUGACAAUUUCUGAUAUCUUCCAAGUAUUUAAAUAAUGAGAACUACAGAUGAUGCAUGCAAUGGGAAUUUGGAAUGAUUUUGAAUUCCUGCUGUUCAGUGAUGAUGAGAAGACAGUGUCACAUGUUGAACUUGGCUAAAACACAAAGGUUUUCUCACAGCCGUUUGCACAAACACUUCCUGUCCCUUCACCCUCUUUAUAUGGAUGUCAUGCUUUGCAAAAACAAAAACAAACAUGAUUUGUUUGUUGUAUAUGUCCAAGGUUGUAGGUACUGCCUCCAGUGUGUCUUUACCAUGUAACAACUUUUCAUAAACUUUUUCUUAUGUUUGGCUCAA